CGCCGUACGCUCGUUCUCAACCGGUUGUCUUGUUAGAGGACGUUUGAGUCACAGUCAAGAGGGGCUCUAACAUCAAAAAUUCACUUUAAUACAGAAAAUACUCACAAAUUCAAGCCAACAUGUUCUCCCGCAUCGCAAGACCAACAGCCACCCUCGCCCGGAGCUUGUCCACAUCCUCCCAGAAUAAUGCCAAGGUAGCUGUCUUGGGUGCCGCCGGUGGCAUUGGGCAGCCCCUGUCCCUCCUCCUAAAGAACAGCCCUUUAGUGAGCCAGCUCUCACUUUAUGAUAUCGCCCACACUCCUGGAGUGGCCGCUGACCUCAGUCACAUUGAGACAAGAGCCCAAGUCACAGGAUACAUUGGGCCAGAUCAGCUGGGUGAUGCUUUGAAAGGCUGUGAAGUUGUUGUCAUCCCUGCCGGUGUCCCAAGAAAGCCUGGUAUGACUCGUGAUGAUCUUUUCAACACCAAUGCCACCAUCGUGGCCACACUAGCAAAUGCUUGUGCUAUUCAUUGUCCUAAGGCCAUGAUUUGCAUCAUUUCAAACCCAGUGAACUCCACUAUCCCCAUCACAUCGGAAGUUAUGAAGAAGCAUGGCGUCUACAACCCCAACAGAGUCUUUGGUGUCACAACACUGGACAUUGUCAGAGCGAACACUUUCGUCGCUGAGCUCAAAGGUCUUGAUCCCGCCAGAGUCAACGUGCCUGUUGUUGGAGGUCAUGCAGGAAAGACCAUCAUUCCUCUCAUUUCACAGUGCACUCCCAAGGUCGAGUUCCCUGCAGAUAAAUUGUCUGCUUUGACAGGCAGAAUCCAGGAAGCUGGAACUGAAGUUGUAAAGGCUAAAGCUGGUGCAGGCUCUGCGACCCUGUCCAUGGCCUACGCUGGAGCCAGGUUCACAUUCUCUCUCCUCGACGCCAUGAACGGAAAGGAGGGUGUUGUUGAAUGUGCGUUUGUGAGAUCCGAGGAGACCGAAUGUAAAUACUUUUCCACACCUCUUCUGCUGGGGAAAAAUGGCAUUGAAAAGAACCUCGGCCUUGGUAAGCUCUCUGCCUUUGAGGAGAAGCUGAUUGCUGAAGCCAUGGAUGAACUUAAAGGCUCCAUCAAGAAAGGAGAAGACUUUGUUGCAAACAUGAAGUGAUCUGUGCUUGCGUCAAUACCUGUGAAAUGUAAUUAAUUUAUAUGGUUGAGUCAUUGUAUGUCAACUGGGUUCAAAAAAAAAUAUUUUCAUCAUGUUGAAAGAUAUGCAGACAGCAUUUGUAUGGAUUAAAACGGUCAAUUCCAGUCAUCAAUAAAAUGGCCUGCUUUACCACCUCUA